CACCAUGGGAGAAUACGCGCAGUGCUUGGACGCCAACCGCGUGUUUAAACGCAGUGUCCACCACCACCGGCUAAGCUCGUUUCAAGCAUGGCGCUUGCUACCUGUUUUCUUCAUGGCGUGGGUGUCCACCGUUCUUGCUUUUUCUCCAGGUGCCCGUGGCGAGCCCCUGCCGCCCACGUCGAAUGGCGCCGCCCCGCCUGCGUUCCUGCGCGAGCCUCCCGUGCAGACGGUCUUCUCCAACUCCACCGGCGCGCUGGUCUCCUGUUCGGCGUCCGGACAGCCUCGGCCCUCCGUGACGUGGACCAACGAGACCGGCUCGCCCCUGGAACCACUUCCCGGACUGCGCCGCGUCAGGCCGGACGGGACGCUCGAGUUCUUCCCUUUCCGCGGAGAAGAAUACCGCCAGGACGCGCACUCGACCCGAUACCGGUGCCGGGCUUCCAACGCCCUCGGGACCGUGGUCAGCCGGAGCGUCCAUGUCAAAGCGAUGGUGCAGCAGACGUACACGAUACGGGUGUACGAUGAUUUCGUCAUCCGCAUGAACACCGGCGUGCUGAGGUGUCACGUUCCCAAAUAUGUCAGGGAAUACGUCAUCGUCACGUCAUGGAUCCGCAGCGAUGGGUUCAUCAUCUCCGUACAAGCUAUCCCAGAUGAAAACUCCAAGUACGUGGCCUUCAGAACGGGCGAACUUCACGUGCGGCGAGCUGGUCCCGAGGACAGCCACCAUUCGUUCCAAUGCCAAACCAAGGACACACUCACUGGUGCCGCAGUAAGCAGCAUCACGGCCGGAAAGCUAGUCAUCACAGAGCCCCACUCGAGCAUACCAGCCAAGGUGAUCCACUGGAGCCGCCAGGUGGAAGGACCGCACGGUUCGACGCUCUUCGUGCCCUGCGAGGCCCAGGGGCACCCGGAGCCAUCGUACCGCUGGUACCGCCAGCACGGCAGCCGCCUCAGGCCGCUGCUGCCGCUCGGGGAGCCCGGCAUCGUGUUCGUCGGCGGCACGCUCGUAUUCCGACGCGCCUCGGUGCAGGACAGCGCCACGUACGUGUGCGUCGUGAGCAACGGGGCCGGCGUCGAGGACAAGAACGAGAUGCAGGUGCUCGUCACUGAGCCCUUGGAGGUCGACGUGUGGACCCGGACGAGAGAAGUGCGCUCCGGGGACUCCUUGACGCUCAACUGCAGCGUGUCUGGCUUUCCCAUCCGCUCCGUCACGUGGUUCAAAGAUGGCCGCCCCAUCACGGGCCCGUCGGCCGCCAAAGGAGCCGGCAGGGGCGGUGGCCAGGUGUCGUCCCGGCGCGUGCUCAUGCUGAACCAGUACGUGCUGCGCAUCCAGGCCGCGCAGAGCGACGACUCCGGCGUCUACCAGUGCCACGCGGCGAACGAGCGGGACUCGGCGCAAGCCCAGGCCUACGUCCACGUCCGGUCUGAACCACCGGUCCUCGUAUCCCACUUUGAGGACGUCGUGGUACGCCCGGAAGAACCAGUGUCGCUGAGGUGCGCGGCCACCGGUACACCGCUGCCUCAGAUCACGUGGUCUAUUUAUGACGUCCAGGUUCAAGACUCCAGCCGGGUUCGCGUAGGAGACUACGUGAGCCGCGACGGCUCGGUGAUCAGCUUCGUCAACGUCACGCGGGCGCGCCACGAGGACGGAGGCGCUUACCGCUGCGAGGCCUCCAACGAGCACGGCUCGCAGGCGCACGCCGGCCGCCUCAACGUCCUCGGGCCGCCGGCGGUGCACGACAUGCCCAACCGCACCGUUGUUGCGGGACGCAGGGCGGUGCUGCACUGCCCCUACUACGGGCAUCCCGUCACCAGGGUGGCGUGGCGCAAAGAUGCCAAGAGCCUGCCCAGCAGCAAACGUGUUAUGACUUACCCGAACGGCUCCCUGGUCCUGGAGGCUGUGAGCCGCAAGGACGACGAGGGGCGCUAUUCCUGCUCUGUCAGCAGCGAGCACGGCAGUGAAACCCACAACUAUCUCUACCUCAGGGUGCUGGUACCACCGUCCAUAACGCCCUUCUCGUUUCCCGAGAAGCCACAGCUGGGCUCUCGCGCCAGCGUCACCUGCAGCGUGCCCGAGGGAGACCCGCCCAUACGGCUGUCGUGGCUGCGAGAUGGCGUGCCUCUGGACUCCGCCUCUUCUGCCACCUCCGCGGUGGGCAUCUCCUCGGGCCACGUGGACGACUUCAUCUCGACGCUGGUGUUCAGGUCGCUGCGCGAGGAGCACACGGCUGUGUACACGUGCCUGGCUGCCAACGAGGCCGCCUUCAUCAAUUACUCGGCGCCGCUCGUCGUUUACGCUCCACCGAGAUGGCGGUUGGAGCCCAAAGACACCACGGUGACGACAGGCGAUCGCAUAAUCCUGGACUGCCAGGCUGACGGCACCCCGGAACCCAGAGUGCGCUGGAAAAAGUCGGCAGGGCUGCAGGGUACCGAAUUUCGCACGGUCAUCAGCAGCUCCCGAAUGCAGUCGCUCGUGAAUGGUUCGCUGGUCAUACAAGAGGUGGAGACGUUGGACGCCGGCGGAUACAUGUGCGAGGCCACCAAUGGCGUUGGGCUGCCACUGUACACCGUCGUACAGGUCAACGUUCAUUCUCCGGCCAAGGUACGGCAGCAUUUCAUGUCCCAAACGACAGCAAGAGGCCAGGUCGUGAAGCUUCGCUGCGAAGCCACUGGGGACAAGCCCAUCAGAUUUUUCUGGUCCAAGGACAGCAAACCCAUUAAGUCAUUUUCAAGUCCCAGGUACUCGAUCGAAGAUCACUCUGGCGAAGACACACCCUGGUCGGAACUAGUAAUCCUGUUUGCUGAGAAGAAUGACACCGGUACCUUCAGGUGCGACGUGUCAAACUCGUAUGGACAAGACGAGCAGGUGACCCAUCUCUCUAUACAAGACCGGCCGGAACAGCCUCCAAGACCGGAAGUACUCAACGUACUCAGCCGAUCUGUUACCAUUCUGUGGAAGAGUCCGGGUGAUGGCAACUCUCCGAUUACCAAGUACAUCGUGCAGUACAAGAGGAGCGCAGAGUCGUGGGAGAAACAGCUGAGCGAAAUGGUGGCCGAGUCGGACCAGAGCCAGGUGACGGUGCAGGACCUGCAGCCCCUCGCCGAGUACAACUUCCGCGUUCUGGCCCAGAACGCCAUCGGGGUUGGGCCUCCCAGCGAGGCACUCACUGUCGUCACCGACGGAGAAGUGCCUGCAACACCUCCUCAAAGUGUCAAGGUGACGGCUGUCAGUUCAAGAAAAAUAGAAGUAUCCUGGAAGCCUCCGCCGGCGCACCUCCAAUACGGUGAAAUCCAAGGCUACUACGUUGGCUACCGCGUCCACGGCUCCACCGAGCCUUACGUCUUCAAGACCGUCACCGUCCCUUCGACGUCUUCGCACGUGGCCGCUGGCGGCGCAGUCUCGCGCUGCGUGGUGGACGACCUGCAACGUGCCACGGCCUACGCGGUCGUGGUGCAGGCGUACAACGACAAAGGCGCGGGUCCUUUGUCCGACGAGAUUCGCGUGCACACGCACGAGCACGACCCACCUCCACCCCCUAGCGUCAUUGUGACAACGAGGACUACGGAGUCCAUAGAGCUAGCCUGGACGCCACAGGACGAAGAAAUUGAGGUCGUCGAUGGCUACGUGGCUCGCUGCCGCCUUCACGAUUCCGUCGAGUGGAAGGAGGUGUCCCUGGGCCCCGACAAGCGGAGUUACCUCUUCGAGGGCCUAGAGUGCGGUAGCGCCUACACAUUCUCCGUGCUGUGCUUCAACCACCAUGGACGGAGCGAGCCCGAGGAGCUGCUGCACGCGAUGACCGAAGGCACAGUGCCUCAGGCCCCCUCGGCCAAGGCGGCCGUGGUGACAAACAGGACUUACCUGGGCCUGGUGCUCGCCGCGUGGAACGAUGGAGGUUGCCCCAUCAGCCAUUUCUUCGUCCAGUACCGACCCCGCGACGAGGCGGACUGGACACUGCUGAGUUCGAGGGUGCUGCCUGACCGUGACGUCGCGCUUAUCGUCGACCUCGUGCCUGGUACCUGGUACCAGCUGCUCGUAGUCGCCUACAACAGCGCGGGCUCCACCAGGACCGAGUACACCGUUGCCACUCUCACAACGGCCGGAGACCCUUUGGAGCCGGACAAAAUAUCGGAGGUCGGCCGAAAGAGCAGCGCUCAUCGGUACCGCAGCUUGUCCAUCAUCAUUCCUGUUUGCUGCUCCCUCGUUGUUCUCACGGCCGUCACUGUGGCCAUCAUUGUGCUCAUCUGUAGAAGGAGGUCUCCCCCAUCGCCACCUUCGGCCAUUGGCGCAUAUGAAGAUGUGCGAUUCGGCGAGGGUGGCAAGAUGGACUCCAUCACCAUGUCCGAACUGGAGAAGUCUCACGCGACCUUCGAGAGUGGUGGAGCUGACACCGAGGGCCGCAAGUAUUACUACUCGUCACCCUGCAUGUCCUCCAAGCUGGCAGACAUCUCACGUGGCCAGAAUGGCGGGGACAGCGCAGACGACGCCUGUCUGCACGCUAUGGCAAAGGCUGCGGUUACUGCGUCUCCCUACUCUUCAGCGAGGACUGUCGUGCAGGCUUACGACGCGCCCCAGCAUCAGCGGGGUGGCUGCAAACCACGCCGGUCAAAUGGCAUUCUCAAGCACGCGUUACGCAAAAACAAGCAGCAGAAUUCUAUAGAGCUCUGCAGAGAGGACCAGUACAACCAGCGAUACGCUGCCAAAUGCCGCACCUCUUACGGCUACAGCCCUCGCGCGGAGUACGCGAGGCACUCUGCUGUCUCUGCAUACCACUUGUCCGAGUCCACGGACGCCAAUCUACUAGACAGAGAAGUAUGACGACGGGUCGACAAAGGCCGCGUACAGCUCGAUUCCGGCCUCAGUUCUACGCAAUACGCAGUCACGUGAGCAGCCGGGCCAGCAGUACCGGCAACAACCGAGCCACACCCGGCCUUCUUCGAUGAUUCGACGGACACUGCCACCCGCCUGGCACCUGGAGACGUUGCCUAGGAUCACCAGAAACUAAUUGCUGAGAGACCAGGACGACAAUACGACGAGUUACGAAGAAACGCAAAUGAUACGAUUUCUUCCAUGAAGACGUCAGGAAUUGGCUCGUAAGCAAGCAAGGCAGUGGCCCCAAAGGAGGCCCCAGGCUUCUAGCUACUGCUACAGCGAGUGCUUAUCGUGGCCGCCCAGGAGUCCGAAGCCAGCUCAGAGUUACGAGAACGAGUCGUUUCCCGCUCGACUCAAAAUAUUUAU